AUGGGCUCGGGUUGCCCACACAAGAGGCUCCACGAGGCCGCGCAACAGAGCCGCAGAGAGCAACUUCUGCGUGAACAAGAGGAGCAGCGCCGUCUCGAGACACCGGCGCAAGCAGAGCAACGCCGCCGCGAGGAAGAUAUUGAGGCGGCUAACUCUCUGAUUCUCCUCCGCGCCGGCUUCGGCGAGUUUGGCCUCUGGGGAAACGUCCCCGGAGCCGUCCCAGGCACGCUGCCACUUCAGUGGCAGCGCAACUACCAAUCUUUGCCUGGCGCGCGCCCGGUCACGUUUGGUCCCGUUGAUGGAAGUGGCAGCAACCAUCAAAGCGCCAACCCCACCACCACCACCACCACCACCAACAGCGCCGCUAAUAUCCCCAACGCCGGCGCGCGUAACAUCACCGGCAACGGCACCGGCCACUCCCACAGCCACCUCGAUUCUUCUGCGCCAGCGAGGCUGGACACCUUGGCGGCAGUGGCUGCCAGCAGCGAGCCGCUGCGCCCGGCCCAGGAGACCAGACCCCUCCAAGAGAGGACCAACGGCUGUAAGUAUUUACCUUUGUUGUCACUGUAUGUUGCAGAACGGAAGCUGACUCAAGUUCAAUGA